AACUUCCUGUAAUCUUUUUAGAGAUGUACUAAUUUUUUAAAGCUUUUAAAGGAAGUAAAUUGUGUUUUUGUAGGCAAGAUUUAAGUGCUUUGCAAGGAUGGAUUUCUAAUGUAUUUUUAAAAAGAAGAGCAAGUCUGAAGCCGAUAUCAGUAUGCGGAGGUAUAGAUUUCACAUGAAAAGAUGCAUCCCUAUUGCGACAUUUGGUGUUUUAUUAUUUUUGGUUAUCCAUGUAUAUGAACCACAAAUAUGGAGGCCUAACAUGGCAGCAGGACAAACUUCACGAGGAAUCCGAAUUGUGAAGAAACAUAUAUUUAUCUACACCCAAGUCGAGGAUAUUGUAUGUGUAAAUUUCAAAGGACGACUCGGAAAUCUUAUGGUUGAAUACGUAUUUCUGUAUAUAACAGCAAAGUUAAAAAUGCUAUACCCUAUUCUUCCAGAAAACUCAGAACUGGUUCAAGUGUUUAAUAUUCAAAAUACUACACUCUCGGCAAUAAAUAAAACCCCCAAGGCAUGUUCAAAACUACCCCUAUACAAAGAAAGAUGGGGACUGUCAUAUGACGAGAAGUUGCUCAGUGUCCCUCCUUCCAAAGGAGUGAGAUUUGAUGGUUACUUUCAGUCAUGGAAAUACUGGAUAAAAUAUGAAGAGGAAAUUCGGGAUAUUCUAACUUUCAAAGAACCAAUACGGAAAAAAGCUUACACACAGAUGAGAGAAAUCCUGAAUCAGAUGAAGUUUAAUGCAAGUAAAAAUAAUGUUGUUGUCAGUAUACAUAUCCGGAGAGGGGAUUAUGCAACAGCAGGACAUUUUAAAUACGGCAAACUCACACCAAAUGAAACUUAUUAUCAAAAUGCCAUGAAAUAUUUCAAAACAAAAUACCAAAAUGUAUUGUUUAUUGUUGGUUCAAAUGAUAUUGGGUGGUCUAAAAAGGCCCUUGCAAACGAAACAAGUGUUUACUACUCCACAGGGAAUUCACCAGCAGAAGACAUGGCUUUGCUUUCUCUGGCUAAUCAUACCAUCAUGUCGGUAGGAACUUUUGGCUGGUGGAUUGGAUGGAUGGCGCGAGGAACCAGUAUAUUUUAUAAGAACAUCUUCAGACCCGGAUCAGGUUUUGCCAAAGAAUUCCGAAAUAAUUCCAUUGAUGAUUUCAUUUAUCCUGGGUGGAUUCCAAUGGAAUAAAAAUGAAAUAUAUGUAAAAUACUAUUACUUAUCAUGAAGAAUAAAAUGAAGGAUACAAUGAUCCAUCAAAUAAAAAAGAUCAAUUAACAAAUAUAUCGAAUAUGUUUGACGAUGUUAAAUCAUUAAAUUACUUUAAAAGU